AUGAAGUACGCAUUCGUUCUCACGGCUAUUGCCGCUAUUGCUUCCAAGGUCGCCGCUGUCGGUGUUUCUGGCACUCCUGAAGGUUUCGCUUCUUCCGCCACUGGUGGCGGUGAUGCCACCCCAGUCUACCCUAUCUCCACCGAUGAGCUGGUCUCUUACCUCGGUGAUGAUAAGGCCCGUGUUAUUGUUCUGAGCAAGACAUUCGAUUUCACCGAUACUGAGGGCACCACUACGACCUCCGGUUGCACUCCAUGGGGUACUGGCUCUACCUGCCAGGUUGCCAUCAACAAAGAUGACUGGUGCACCAACUACGAGCCUGACGCCGCUACCACUACUGUCACCUACAACAACGCUGGUAUGCUCGGUAUCACCGUUGGCUCUAACAAAUCCUUGAUUGGCGAGGGCAAGACCGGUGUUAUCAAGGGCCGUGGUCUACGUAUGGUCAAUGGCGUCUCGAACGUCAUCAUCCAGAACAUCGCUGUCACCGACAUCAAUCCCCAGUACGUCUGGGGUGGUGAUGCCAUCACCCUCAAUCAGGCCGACCUAAUCUGGAUUGAUCACGUCACGACUGCUCGCAUUGGUCGUCAACACUACGUCCUGGGCACCGAAGCUGACAACCGUGUGUCUAUCACCAACAACUACAUCGAUGGUGAAUCCGAUUACUCUGCCACCUGCGACGGUCACCACUACUGGAACGUGUACCUUGAUGGCUCCAGCGAUAAGGUUACCUUCAAGGGCAACUACCUUUACAAGACUAGCGGUCGCGCACCUAAGGUCCAGGGCAACACCUACCUUCAUGCGGUCAACAACUACUGGGACGAGAACUCCGGCCACGCCUUCGAGAUUGGCACUGGUGGCUACGUUCUUGCGGAGGGUAACUAUUUCUCUAAUGUCAAGGCUGUUCUCGAGGAAUCCUCCUUCCAGGGUGCUCUCUUUGCCUCGGACAGUGCCUCUAGCACCUGUGAGGCCUCCAUUGGUCGCUCCUGCGUCGCCAACGUUGCCGGGGGUACACUUUCUGGUUCCUCCAACACCGUUCUGGAGAACUUGAAGGGCGAAACUCUCGCCACUGCAUCUGGUGCUAGCACCGACCCCGCUGGCAGCGCCGGCCAGGGUAAUCUGUAA